GGCGCGGUGCCCCUUUAAGGGGAGGCGGCGACGAAGGUCGCGCGGUGUACUGUGGGAGCGGAAGGGGAGGAGAAGGAGAGGAUGAGGCCUGGAUUGCUUUGCACGCCACGAAGGACGGCGUAGGACUGGCUGGCUGGCGGGAAAAAUACUAUGGAAUCCGGGAGCAUGGAAACGAUAGCCUCUAAUCCUCCUGGAGGGUCAAGUGGCCUAGAAGAACCAAAAAAGAUGACAAGGGAAGACUGGAGGAAGAAGAAGGAAUUAGAAGAACAGAGAAAACUGGGCAAUGCCCCAGCUGAAGUGGAUGAAGAGGGAAAAGACAUCAACCCACAUAUUCCUCAGUACAUUUCGUCUGUCCCAUGGUAUAUAGAUCCUUCAAAAAGGCCAACACUAAAGCAUCAGAGACCCCAGCCAGAGAAGCAGGAAGAAUUUACAGCACUAGGGGAAUGGUAUAAGCGAGGAGUCAAAGAGAAUGCUGUUGCAACUAAAUACCGCAAGGGUGCCUGUGAGAACUGUGGUUCAUUGACUCACAAGAAGAAAGACUGCCUGGAGAGACCAAGGAAAGUUGGAGCGAAAUUCACAGGAACCAACAUUGCACCAGAUGAACAUAUGCAGCCUCAACUUAUGUUUGAUUAUGAUGGAAAAAGAGACCGUUGGAAUGGCUACAAUCCAGAAGAGCACAUGAAGAUUGUAGAGGAGUAUGCCAAGGUUGAUUUGGCCAAGCGCACACUGAAGGCACAGAAACUGCAGGAGGAGCUGGCUUCAGGAAAGCUGACUGAGCAUGUGAACUCGCCAAGGCAUCAAUGGGGAGAAGAGGAACUAAAUUCGCAAACAGAAAGGGAUCAUAACAGUGAAGAUGAAGACGAAGAUAAAUAUGCAGAUGACAUUGAUAUGCCUGGACAGAACUUUGACUCCAAAAGGCGCAUUACAGUUAGAAAUCUACGCAUUCGAGAGGAUAUUGCUAAAUACUUGCGGAAUCUAGACCCCAAUUCUGCAUAUUACGACCCCAAAACGAGAGCAAUGAGAGAAAAUCCAUAUGCCAAUGCAGGAAAAAAUCCAGACGAGGUCUGUUAUGCUGGUGACAACUUCGUUCGUUACACUGGUGAUACCAUAUCAAUGGCACAAACUCAGUUAUUUGCUUGGGAGGCCUAUGAAAAAGGAUCUGAAGUUCAUCUUCAGGCAGACCCUACAAAACUUGAACUCUUGUACAAGUCCUUCAAAGUGAAAAAAGAAGACUUUAAGGAACAGCAGAAAGAAAGCAUCCUGGAGAAGUAUGGAGGACAAGAACACCUUGAUGCUCCACCACCUGAAUUACUGCUUGCUCAGACAGAAGAUUAUGUGGAAUAUUCCAGACACGGAACAGUAAUUAAAGGCCAAGAAAAGGCUGUUGCUCGCUCUAAAUAUGAAGAAGAUGUAAUGAUCAACAAUCACACAUGUAUUUGGGGUUCAUAUUGGAAAGAAGGCAAGUGGGGAUAUAAAUGCUGCUACUCAUUUGUCAAGUACUCGUAUUGUACCGGAGAAGCUGGAAAAGAAAUUGCUAAUGCUGAUGAAGAAUUGCCUGAUGGAGAGUUACACGAAGAGGAGUAUAUGACCAAACCCAAAACACUAGUGGAAAUGCACCAAGAAAAACAGAAAGAGGAAAAGAAGAAGAAGAAGAAGAAAAAGCAUAAGAAGAGUACAAGUUCCGAUAGUGAAGAAGACAGAAAGAAACAGGAAAAGCUGAAAAAGGCACUAAAUGCAGAAGAAGCCCGUCUCCUUCAUGUGAAAGAAAUCAUGCAACUAGAUGAGAAAAAGAGGCCAUAUAACAGCAUGUAUGAGAGCCGAGAACCAACAGAAGAGGAAAUGGAAGCUUAUCAAAUGAAGCGCCAGCGACCAGAUGAUCCAAUGGCCUCUUUCCUGGGGCAGUAACUUGUUUAUGAAAAGAACUUGCAAUCCCAUGAGACCAGGGUGCUAUUUUUGCAUCUGCUGGACAGACCUCUACCAAUCUCCUGCAUUGUACAUAUGGCAUUGUUUGGCCUGCAUGAAGAAAGUUUACAGCAGAUGUGUAAAUAUAUUAUGUUUUGUCAGCCAGUUGGAUUGUAUAUGCUGCAUCACCUGUUGGAAGUCAUGAUGUCAAGUUGAUAUAUGGACUCACAGAAACCAAACAAACUAAUACCAGCUCA